AAUAAAUUAAAUAACAAAAUCAAAUAAAUUACAGAAACGAUCCGUAAAGUAUGCAAUCCUAUUGGAACAUUCGAUCUUCUUCCCAGAUUCUGAAUUUGCACCAACAAAAAAGUUUAGGGUUUUUCUUUUCUUCCCCUGUGAUGGAGACUUCAAGGGGUUCAUGUCGGGCUGGAGACAGAGUCUUAGCUCCAGGGUUUAGGUUUCAUCCAACCGACGAGGAACUGGUUGUUUACUACCUCAAGAGAAAGAUUCGCCGCAAGAAACUGAGAGUCGCUGCAAUCGGCGAGACUGAUGUCUACAAGUUCGAUCCGGAGGAGCUGCCCGGCAAAGCAUUACAUAAUACUGGAGAUCGUCAGUGGUUCUUUUUCAGCCCGAGAGACAGGAAACAACAUGGAGGCAGGUCAAGCAGAGCAACUGACCGUGGAUACUGGAAAGCAACAGGGGUAGACAGAAUCAUCAAGUGCAAUUCUCGUCCCGUUGGAGAGAAGAAGACCCUUGUUUUCCACAGAGGCAGGGCUCCCAAGGGCGAGAGGACUGACUGGGUCAUGCACGAGUACACACUGCACAAAGAGGAACUCGAGAAGUGCGGAGAUGUUAAGGAUAAUUUUGUUCUUUACAAGAUUUUUAAGAAAAGCGGGUCUGGUCCUAAGAACGGUGAGCAUUAUGGAGCUCCUUUUGUUGAAGAAGAGUGGGCUGAGGAGGAUGACGAGGUUGAUGAGGCUGAUGCAGUCCAUGUUCCUACAAAUCAGCUCAUGGUUUCAGUUUGUUUGGGAAGUAAUAAUAACAUAUGGGCGGAUGGUGGGCUUAACCAGUCUGAGUUGAAUGAAAACGAUAUUCAAGAGCUGAUGAGACAGGUUAGCGAAGAGACUGGAGUGAACUCUCAUGUGGCAAAUAAUAAUCCGGUAAACUUGGCAGAAGAUGAGUAUUUGGAAAUUGACGAUCUUUUGCUCCCUGGAUCUGAACCAAGUUAUGUGGACAAACAAGGGUCUGCUGUCCUGAAUGAUAAUGAUUUCUUUGAUGUUGAUUCAUACAUUGGUGAUUUUGAUGCCACAAAUCCUCAGUCAGAGCCUGUUGGUGUUGGUUUGAACAAUGGGGUUAAAAAUAGUCUUCCAGUGAAUACUUUCCCAGUGACUGACCAGGCUAAUAACAACCAGUUCCCACAGCAAACAUGGAAGAACCAAGAUAGUAACUGGCCACUCCGUAACAGCUAUACCAGAAAGAUAAGCAGUGAGUCAUGGACGCAUGAGCUAAACAAUGAUGAAGUUACUGUUUGCAAAUUUGGUGAGGCCCCUGGUAUAGGUGGUGCAUCUGAGUUCAUAAACCCUAUUGCUUCUGGUAUAAGUAUAGCAAAGGGAGAAGAAGCCACAAAAGACGAGUCAAGUCAGUUUUCUUCUAGUGUAUGGUCUUUCCUAGAGUCGAUUCCUGCGAGUCCAGCAUUCGCUUCAGAGAAUCCAAUCGUUAACCUGAACAUAGUCAGGAUAUCAAGCCUCGGUGGCCGCUACCGGCUUGGUUCUAAAAGCACAAGUACCAAUGUUGUUAUAGCAGUUAACGAUUCAGAAGCAAAGAGGAACAAGUGUGGAGGAUACAACAAGAAGAACAAUCACAAGGGCUUCUUCUGCUUAUCUAUCAUUGGAGCUCUGUGUGCUUUGUCUUGGGUCAUGAUGGGAACAAUGGGAGUUUCAGGAAGGUCUUUGUUGUGGUGAGAACCCUAAAGCCAAAGACUAUGAAGAAAGGCUCAGAGUCCAAGUUUCGUGAUCUUUGUAAUUGUUUUAUUAGCUUACUCAUAAACUGUUAAAGUAUCGGUUUGUUGUUUUGGUUUCGAACCUUGCUGCAUAACAAAGCUUUAAACCAUUGCUUACUAAA